CAAGAUCGGGAGCGGGGAGGUUAUAAUUAGAUAAGAAGUCGGCAGCGCUAACUAAAAUUCUUCAAGAAUUUCACAAAUUCCUAAUAUUUAUUCAGAUUAGAGAUCCAAUCUCGAGAAAAACGAAAGGAAGACAUAACCCAAAAGAUAAAAGAAACACAGUUGCGUAAUGCUCUAGGAAUGGAAGUGGAUUUUUUAUAUAUCAUUUUGUUACGUCCCAAGGAAAUGUUUUGCGCCGUUCAGUCGCAGAACAAAAUGGAAACGGAAUUAUUUCUCUGCGGAGAUUUUUUGAUAUAACAUUAAUGAAGCAUAGCGCAUAGCGAAGCACAAAAUCUCGCUACACGCAGAUCUAUGCAUUGUGAUGCGAUUGUGCGCGGGUCAAGGUGUUCGAGUGAAAGUACGAAAUAUCAGCAACCGCUGAAUAAAUCUUCUAUAAGAAGCUGGGCGGACGUUCGCGCAGAAUUAUUGCGGCAAACGUGCGAUUACGCGAUGGUACAAUGCGACGCUAUCGCUCUCGAUGCAUCUGAUAACCGUGCCGUUUCCUCCUAUCUCGAAAUUCCGUUUCCCGAAACGCUUCAUCGCCGGGUGAUACCGAUGUCUCGGAGCAUCCCGCGCGUUCAGUUCUCGCGUCGUUACGUUGAAUUGCCCAUUUUAUAAUUGCGUAAUUUGCAAUUAUAAUCCGCCGAAGUUAUCGGGACGAUAUCGGAGCUGUAGAAUUUAAAGGGGCGCUGAGAAGAGAGAGAGGAGGGAUCAAUCGUAGACCUGUUCUCUUUAUUAGCUGAACUUCUUGCACGCUUCAUCUUUUUGUGAAGAAGAAAAAGAGGAAAGAUGAACCGUGCAAGAAGUUCAGCUGAAAAAAAAGAACAGGCCUCGUUUCUACUACAAUUCAAUGAGCCCGGGAUAAUCCGGUUGUUCGCUGCACUUUCCGCAGAAACCGCGUGUUUCUCACAUCGUGUCCUUUCUCGACAUUGCGGCAAGAGAAGCGACGUUCGUUGCGUAAAGACACGACGUUUUUUUUUUCUUUUUGCAACGUCGCGCCGCGGCGGUGUCCCGUUCCGACUUAGUUAACGGUCCACGAAUAUCCCGAAGAUCCUCCUCUCUGAAUCAUAUAUCUUAUAUAUAUACAUAUAUCUCAGCGCGGCUCUUUAAAGCAACUCAAUUAUUUCGAUGGCUUCUGCAGCGGGGGCGGCGUGGCGGCGUCUCCAUUUAUUUACGAGAACGUUAUGGCUGGCAUCGAUUAACGAUCGAGAUCGCGAGGGGAAAUUUCAUGUAUGUUUCACGUUUCGUAUUUCUCAUUGUCCGAGAAUCGACGGUUGCUCCGGUAAAGUGGUCAAUUACUCUUUCUAAACAGUCGUUAAACCACCACUCGGUGUUUCGGUGUUAAUAACUGCAGCCUCACGAUUGCAAUUUCUCUUCUCUCCGUUAGCACCCGCGUCUCCUCGCCCACUCGAUUCCCCCCGCGCCGUGUUUCGCAACGCUAUAACUAUAUUAGCCGCGCGCUGUUAAUAUUAAUCAAUUGUUGGCCCAUAGCGGCGCUUAUUUGUCGUACGGACACGUCGACAUAACAUUUUUUUUUAAAUAUAUCUCGUAGACGCUCGACAAAUAAAAGACGAUGUGUCUUCUGUCAUCAUCAAUUUUUUUUGCAGCAUCCAGCCGCUUUCUAAAGUGUGCGCGUACAUAUGUACGUCGCGCGCGGAUUCUGUGAUUUCUACGAAAAGGGACUUGAAAAGCAAAUAAUGCGCGAACUCGAGAUGGAAUUGCUUCAAAAAAAAAAAUGUAUAUGUCGGCGCGAAGCGAAUAUGUUGAUGCAGACGUCCUUUGUUUGCGAAGGAAAACCGUAUCACACGAUUUCGACGGAUUAGUAUCUAAAUAUUGGACGAUACUGGAUCGGCCGAGAUUCGCGGAUACCAAUCGAGUUUGGACCCAUUUCCACUUGCGAUGGACGCGUGCGCUAAGUGCAUUUUAAUUAGCAAGAGACGUGUCGGUGGGCAAAAUUGUCACAAGCCUCGUCUCGGUGCCGCCGAGACAGCGGACCGUGAGACGGCAAUGGGACUUUUACCUGGGCGCGAAAAGCUGAAAAGUCUUUCCCAUGAGAGAAAGACAGAGAGAAAGGAACGGGAACGGUGAAGCAAGGCGAGCCGGUGAUCGCGUAGUGGGACCAACAAAGUUACCUGGAUCGACAACAGAUACUUUUCUCGGCAGUAACCACCAAGACACCAUGACGACACGAUCACUCGCAUCGUCCCCGACGCGACGGCCGUCGGCUGUCGGUCUUGUCACCGCGCUCCUCCUCAUCGCGGCGGCACAAAUAUGCAGCGGAGCGUAUUACGGGAAACUGAUCGGCAAGCUGUCUGAACUGCAUCACGGCGUGAGCGGCGAAGUUUAUGCCGUUGACGCGAGGACUCUAUUUAUCAAGGAUUUCACCUACGAUGGCGAAGGGCCAGCUGCAUUCUUUUACGCUGGAAGCAGCAAGAGUCCGGGAAACAACGGAUUCCGGGUGCGAGACGAACGCGGAACCACGAACCUCCUUAAACGGUACCGCAAGAAGGACAUCACGCUGACCUUACCGGACGGCAAGACCUUGAACAACAUCAAAUGGUUUUCGGUCUGGUGUGACGAAUUCUCCGUGAACUUCGGCGACGUCAAGAUACCGCGAGGCUUCGAUUAUCCGAAACCGCAAAAGCUGAAGACAUUGAGCGGCAUACACGGCGUCAGUUCGGAACCAGUUGUCGUCGUGGACGCUCAAACCCUUCUGAUACCCAGUUUCAGUUACGACGGGGAAGCACCUGAUGCCAAGUUCUGGGUAGGCACCGGACCGACUCCCUCGUCGCAGGGUAUCCGAGUGCCGGAUGAGAACGGAAAGGAACAGCCGUUGCGUCGUUACGAUCGCAAGACGAUCGUGCUGACGUUACCGGGCGACCUGACCGUUCACCAGCUCGGUCACUUCGGGGUGUGGUGCGAGGCCUUCGCCGUGGACUUCGGCCACGUGCAGCUCCCGCAUAGCCUGAACGUACCGCCGUCUCUCAGAAUGCUAGGAGUUUCGCCGCAGAACGUGCAUCGCGGAGGGCAGGGACAGUUGGGGGCGCUAACAAGUGCAUACGAGAUCUCUUCUUUCGCUUCCUCGUCGCCCUCCCCCUUCACUAUCUCGUUCGCGAGCUCGCUCUCGCAGCAACACCAACGACCGACGACCUAUCGGCCGCUCCUCCGUCGGGGCGAUCAAUUCGUCCACGGGAUUCAAGCCGUGGAGCCUCUAAUAUCCGGCCAGGCGGAGGAGCUUCGUCAGGCGCAGUCCCCCGCCUAUACCGGUUAUCAGGAGCAAUUUUAUCGCCCGGCCGACGCGGCAGCGUCGCCGACGUCGUCCUCGUAUCGUCCUCAACCGUCGGCGCGCUCGCGCCUCGUCGAGCCGCAACAAAAUUCGUACGCGAGGCUCCUGCACUUUCAAGGCGACAGGAGAAUCGACUCCUUCUCGAAGCUUAACUGCGAGGUCCUCGAGGACACCUUAGCUUUCGAGGUGCGUUGGGCCGUGGCCGGAGACAGCAUUGUCGUCCAGCUCGUCGCGAAGCUAGAUGCCGGACAGUACAUGUCCUUCGGAUUGUCCGCGGACACGGAGAGGAGCGUGAUGGUCGGCGGGGACCCCACCGUGGCCUGGGUCGACAAGCAGACCCUGCAGGGAUACGCCAUCGAUUACUUCUUGGACGCGAAGUCCCAGUGCUCGGGUCGCCGCGGCAGCUGUCCAGACAGUCGUAUACAGGACAACACGGACUCGGUGCGACUGUUGAACGCGGCGAUGGUGAACGGCUACAGUAUCGUCACGUACCAGAGACCGCUGAAGGCCAGCGACGAAUUGGACUUGCCGAUACUGACGAACAGAUCGCAGGCUAUAAUUUGGGCCAUCGGGCCGCUGAACGAGCGGCAGGAGGUCAGUUUUCACAGCCACUAUCUGAAGACCGAUCGGUUCAUCGAGUUCGGCAGACCGCCCGCGUGGAAUUGCCCGAUGCCGGAUCAAGAGUCUCCCGACAACUUUAAGCAGACGGCAAGCAACACUCAACUCGUCACGAGAAGGCCGCAACGUGUACCGGCAACUCCUGCACCGGCUUCCACGAACGACGCUUGGGAGAUACCACCGAUUCAGUGUUACGAGCCGGAUGACGGUGUCUUCUACGCGCAGAUGGGGCCUACCGGAGGAAAACACGGCUAUCCGGCUAUUACCGGUCACGUUGGCUGGGGGAUCUCUUGGUACAUCAAUGGCUUGCUGAUACCCGUGAUUAAUGUGGUGCGCGGCAGGAGAUACUCUUUCGUCACGGAAGGCGGCUUAGAUCCCGACAUCCCGGCGCGUUAUCAUCCAUUCUACAUCACGGACGACCCGAUAGGCGGCUACUAUCACAAAACGGCCGAGGAGAAAGCGAAAGUGAAGAUAUUCGCCGGCGUGCGCCGGCAACGCGGCAAGGUCAUCCCCACAGGCGUGGGUCGUCUUUGCAACUGGGUGCCUGAUGAGAAUCAACCGCCGGCGGACGAUUUCGCGUCCUUCGGAGCUUAUCAGCGCACCCUGACCCUUGAGUGCGACGUUGGCGAGCCGGGCAUUGUGGAGUGGACGCCCGACGAGAACACCCCCGAUACGGUGUACUAUCAGUGCUUCACGCAUCGUUACCUAGGCUGGAAGAUCAACGUUCUCGACAGUUGCGACACCAGCGAGCCGUCGCCGGCGGCCAGCGAGAAGCGAGAGAUGUACGCGGAGCCAGAGCAGGAUCGCCAGGACCUGGAGUACGACGCCAGCAUUGCCGUGCCGAGCAAGGUAACGCCAACGGCGGAGUUCCUUCAUCAACAGCAUGCCCAUCAUUCUCACCGCGAAUACAGCGAAUACGACCGUUACCCUCAUCAUCAUUCGACGACUAACAGCAAGCUAAGCGUCUCGCAUCCGCAGCUACUAACGAACGCCAAUAACAAUUACGAUCGCUUGCAAUCAUCAUCAUCAUCGUCCGAAAACUCGUACGGGGCACGUCCGAAGGACGCGCAUCGUAUUGACGAGGAAGCCUUGCCGCGGCAGGAGCAGCCGCAACAGCAGCAGGAGCAGCAGCAGCAGAAGUCGCAGCAAAAGCAGCAACAUCGGUCAACCACGAUCGUUCACGAACCGUCAUCAUCUCUUCACGCCGGAACUCAUCUCACGGAGAUCGCGCGGGAGAUUCAGCAUACCGCCACUAAUCAGGAAUUGUCUAACCUCGUUGCAGAUCACCAGCGACCGUCACUGAGUCACGGGACGAGGUUGCCCUACGUAACGGCGGCCAUCAGCAACACCCAGCUACCGUUUUCCCGAGCGCCGCAUCAUUACGCGAGCAAUUACCAUCACUACGUCCACCAUCAGCUUCCUCUGCCUCCUCCUCGUUACUAUCAUCAGCCCGAACCGCCGAGGACCCAACUGAUGAUCAUCCGGCGGCCAGCGCCAUUAACGCGCCAUCCAUCGAUGUUGCAGACGUUACAGCAGGCUGCCAAAACGAUAACGGGCGCGUUAUCAUUACCGUUUUCAUUCGCGUUCCCGUCGACCUCGCCGCGGCCGUUCCUCAUCGAGCGCAAGAAGUCCGUUUAUCGACCGCCCGUCGCAAUCACGACGCUGACGAUGCUCAAGACGACGCCGAAUACCAUGACCGACAAGCUGCCGCCGUUCGAGAAACUCGCGGCGAAGAUCGACACGAAGCAACGCACGAAACUCGAGGCGAAGGUGGGUUCGCGCUCGGACAUCACUGACAAUCACAUGGGCUCAUCCUCCUCUUCCUCGUGGAAGUUUCUGAAACCUGCGCGCAACACCGGCUUCAAUCCCGAUUCCAUUGUCAUCGAGAGCGGCUUCAAGCCGAUCAUUAAAAACAACGUCGACCGUGCGUCCGAUGUCGCGCAGAAGAGGCUCUCGACGGGGUCGUCGUGGCAGGACGAGACGCUCCGAAAGAACGGGGAUUACCGUACGAUCGACGAGUUCUCGCCCGUUUUCGUGCCGUCGUUGCCAUUGACGAUCGACGGCAGCAGAAAGAGGAAGAAGAAGACGUCCCCCGCGCGCUCCCCGCCCCGCCUCGACGAUCUCGACGACAUGGAGAUGGCGGCCGAUCUCAGACUGGAUACCUAUUAUCUCCCGCCGAUCGGAAGGACGAGGCCGGAGCAGCUGCCGUCAACCUCCUCCUCCGGCGUCCUGAUCACCUACGACGGUAAGAAACUGCGGGACUUCAGCGGCCUGGCCAGGUCCAUCUCCGACGUCGAGCACCGCGGCAAGGGUGGCCGGCUGACCUCGGACAUCCUCAGCAGAACGCCGCAGUUCGGUAAGUUCCAGGGCGAGCUGCCGCCGCUGAUCCCCGGGGAGACGCGCGCGAACGGCUCGGCCCCUCCUCCCUCGUACGAGAAGCAGAACCGUCUGUCGGUCGUCGAGCUGCCGCCGAAGACGAGCACGAGGUUGACGUUGGUGGAGAGGUCGAAGAGAUCGCCGCGGGACGUCGGUCGCACGAUGCCCAGCGCGGACUUCCAGCGCGGCGGCGACCGCGGACGUCGGGAACGCGACCGGGUCAAAUCGGUCAGCGGUGGAGCGCGUCUCAGCAGCCUCGGAUGGGUCGUUCUGAUCGCGAUCGCGGCGCGCCUCGCGAUCUGAGAGAUCGGGAACGGCGACCGGUCCACGUGUCCUCCGAUGAAGAAGGCACGCCUAUAUCCGCUCGACGGAUAUAGGCACCGGAAAGAAUCGGAAGACGAUCGUCUUUGAGCGCGUGUCCGCGCGGCUUGCGACGGCACAGGAUCGUUCGGGAAUGGUAGACAAUAUACUCUCCAACUGCGUUAACACCGGGGAAGGCAUUACUAACCACUGAGAAAACCGCUGGUUUCCUAUACAGUAGUACAAUCCGCCUGUCAAGCUCGCGUCUCGCAAUUCUGGCACCUCGAUCCACUCUCGAUCGUGUUCUUCGCGUAAUUAUCAUUAGUUGCCGGUUCCUCAGGCCAAUUCAAACUUGUAUCGCUUGACAAUGCAGACAUUUGUACGGUGUUCUUUUAAGGAAGAAAAAAAAAUAGAAUUUUGUUAAUUUACGUAUAUCUGUGCGCGCGUUUAUUUUCCUAUCGCGAUAAGUAGAAGAAUUGUGCAAUUUACGUGUUGGAUAUUAGAAUUAUAAUUAUAUGCAAUAAGAUAUUGAUUGUUAUUAUUUUAAAAAAUAAGUAACAUAUAAAAUAUAUGGUAGUAACCUUUAAGAUUAAAACUUUUUAGAUCUCGAGGAAAGCAUUUGCGAUAAGUAAGUAAGGGAGAUAUUAUUCGUGCGGUGCGUGAACGUGUCCGUUGCAAUCCAUUAAACAAGAAGUCGUAUAAUAGCAAUGACCUGGAAGUGCAAGUUUAUAAUCGCAAUAAAUCUAUAUUUUCUGGUACCGCGAUAUUACGAUGCACAAUAAAGAAUUGGUGAUUAAACUAGAAAAACAGACGCGUGAAAACCCGAUCGAGUUUCAAAAACGCCGGUUUACAGCUGGCGCAGGAGGCGUUUGCAGCAACAGGCACUUGUUGAGUUUUGCUGGCAUAUUUUUGUAAAUAAGUUAAAAUAUUUGUUAAUAAAGGUAAUCUUGAUACAGUUGUCUCCAAGUUGUUGUGUGCACUGUCCUAAGCAGAAUCGAGGAAAGCUCGACCUGGAUUCUUCAAAAUGAUAGAAAAAACUCCUGGCUAACUUUUUUUUCCUUGUUUUAUUUAUAUUUUAAUAAAAUUUGCGAUUGGUUUAGCUACACAAAUUAAUGAAGACACAAAU